AAAAACAAACUGCGCAUAAUUUGUAGCAUCUGAAAUGAAAAUAAUUAAAGUUUGUUUUGUUGAAAAUAAUUAAGAACCAGUUGAACCUCAUAUGCAAUAUUGGUUUUGGGUAGCCUACCUCAAAUUUUAAGUUGAUUGAUUCCACCUAAUCACAUCUUUUGUGAUUAUCUAACAGCUCUGAUGUACAUUGUACAAGUACACUGUUCUUAAGAUGUUAUAUCUGUGCUCUGUAAUUGCCGAAACUAAUGAAUACUAAUUCUGCAUCAUUUGUUAGAGUUCCGCAAACCUAUUAUCGAAAAAACUAUUAAUUAAUGUACAAUAUGCAUGACAAAUUUUAGUCCAAUAUGAGAAAUACAAUAACGAAAGAAUUUAAAGUUAAGGGUAAACAUUUUUUAAUGGGGCGAAAAUCUUCAGUUCGAGAAUAAGACAUAAGAGGUUCGAAUUACGUCAGAUUUCCGAAGGUGUUUUGGAAUGACGUUGAGCCGCAUUCUAAAACCGGAAAAAUCCGAAAAACAAUGAAAUGGUAUAAUAUUUCAGGUCAUUUGGCAGGAAGUAGCCGACAAUAUGGGUCUUCAUUUUCUCAAAAUGAGUAUAAAACGAGUACACGAUGUGUGACCCAUACAUUAACAGCUGCCUUGCACUCGCUUCCCAUCAAGGCGGAGAGAUGCGGAAGUUGAUAAAACAAAUCUUUCUUGCUUACGGUACUAGAUCCGGAUUGAUUCAGUCAGAAGUCUCUCACAAGACCCACUAUGACUUUUGGAUGUCCCACAUUUUCCAGGGAACUCAUCAUUCAGUUCACAGCUGAACAACACCAUCCGGCCGUCUACAGUCUAUACCGUACCUGAUCAGUGCGUCUGUUUUUCUUCCGAUCCUGCAAUCAGCCCUGGCAUUUUACUCCUCCAGGUCAAAGCUGCGUUAAAAAAAGAAGCUCCGCCUCGUUGGACUCGAAUCUGCCGCCAAGUAUAAAAUACAACCCGGUAGGUCGCGUCGCGUCAGAGUACAAACGGCCUGCAUCCAUCACCUGUAUGAUAUAAUCUAGUGUCAAUUAAUUGUUUCGUUUGAACAGGAUAAAAACAUUCCAAUCGAGAUGUGGAAAGCUGACUGGAAAUGGCACCUAGUGCUGGUUGUGCAACUGUUGUUGAUUUUACAUGGAGUUGAAAUGCAGCAGCAACAACAGUUUACGCAGAGAUUUCAGCAACAACAACGUGAAAUUGGAUCUGAAAAGAAACCUCAGAUUUACUGGGCCACAAGUAUUAAUUCUAAUAGCAACAACAAUAAGAGAUUCCAGCAGGCCAACGAAUGGGAUGCAGUAGCUCAAAAGAAUUACCUCGAUCGACAAUGGGGAGUUUCAGCCCCCGCUCCCGCACCAGCUCCAGCACCAGCCCCAGCUCCUUACUCACCUCCAGCACCACCUGCAGCAACUGCUCCACCAGCACCUGUGUACGCUCCCCCACCACCACCUGUGUACGCACCUCCACCAGCACCAGUAUAUGCUCCAGCUCCUACAUCUCCUCCGUAUCAACCAUAUCCUCCAGCGUACACUGAUCCAGCUCCUCCAGCCUACCCUGAUCCAGCUCCUCCGGCAUACCCUGAUCCAGCUCCUCAGGCAUACCCUGAGCCAGCUCCUCCAGCCUACAAUCCCGCUCCACCUCCGGCCUACGAACCGCCUUCCUAUGGCCCACCUCCACCAGCAGGACCAUACUACUAUUACGCUCCAGUCAAGGAAACCAAAGAAAAAGGCCCCUCAAUUAAAGAUAUGCUGGACAUGGAUAAAGAAGCUUUCGCCACCAUAUUGCCCGAUCAUAAGAAACAUCUUACCAACGAACAGAAGAUUUGGCUUUCCAUACUAACACCACUCAUUAUCGUAGCUCUAGUCAUACCGCUGACAGCUAUUCUCCUUUCUAGUUUCACCAUCACCACUAACGGACGCAAGUUUGGAGAGCUGAACAUAACCACUAUGAAGAAAAGCCUAAGGGACAUUGUGGAGAGCUAUGGUUCAGUCCUGGAAACGGACGAAUGCAUGCAACGCAUCAUCUGCGAUCUUGGUUCCUAUGCAACGGCUGUUCCAGGAAAUUCUGUCAUUCUAACGUUCUUGUCGACACUUGUACCAGACACAAUGAAGAAUAACAUGGCUAUUUUCCAAAAGGCAGCCACUUACGGCGCUGACAAGGCCCAGUGUGAUAGUUUCAAAUGUUCUCUGUGGAAGUACUAACCUUUUGACGGAAACAAGCAAAAACUUGUCUGAUCGGAGAUAAUAUCUUCGUAUUCGAUUGCCUUCUUACUUCGGCUUUUGAUAAGUUGCCAUAUUCAUUAUUUAUUAUUCAACCUAUUUGUCUGAAAUUUGAAUUGUUAAUAAUAAAAAGGGGAAAACAACGUACCGUUUUUGGGAUAUUUUCAAAGUAUCUAUUUGUUGAUAACAGAGACUUCUUUAUCCUAUUAUUGCAUACAAAUACCAUGAAAACAAUUAAACAAAAAAUGUCUCUACAAUUUCUCUAUAUGUCUAUGAAUGGAAAACCAAAUUGCAUCUCCCCUUGCUUAGUGAACCGCCCCAUCCUAAAACAGCAAACCAAACCGAAAAAAAGACAUGCUACAUCAAAAGCAUAAAUUACGGAAAUAAACAAAUCUCUGGGUAAAAAAAUUUAU